AUGGACAAGGAAUCCGAGAUGGAGUUCGCUCCCAUUACGGAGCGGACCAUGACUGCACUCGAUGAACGUGAGGUGGAAACCUUGAAUCGCAUUGCAUCGAGUAAGCUCGGUCAAAAGCUGUCGGCGACUGCUAGCCGGAAAGAAAGCAAGGAUCCUCGAUUAGAUCCCGACAGCCCCGAAUUCGAUCAUCACCGAUGGGCCCAGAGCGUUCUCAGCCAAGUGCAUGAAUCGGGAAUCGAUAUUCCUCACCAGAGCGUGGUCUUUUCCGAUCUUUCGGUCAGUGGCUCUGGCUCUGCAUUGCAAUUCCAGGAAACUUUGAUAUCUAGCCUCACGGUCCCCUUUCGCCUCGCCACCAAAGCUCUUUCCGGAAACCGUUCAUCUCCCCGAAAAAUCCUUCACAGUUUCGAUGGCCUCCUCCGGGGUGGAGAGCUUCUGCUCGUUCUGGGUCGUCCGGGCAGUGGAUGUACCACUUUCCUCAAAACCAUCUGUGGACAUCUCGGAGGUCUCACGAUGGACCCCAACAGCAAAAUCCACUACGAAGGCGUUGACUUCGAACAAAUGAUCAAGCAGUACCGGGGAGAAGUUGCAUACAACAAAGAGGUUGAUCUACACUUUCCCCACUUGACUGUCGGUCAGACACUCUCCUUUGCUGCCCACGCCCGUGCUCCUCACCAACGCAUCGAGGACAUGACACGCAAUGAAUACGUCGAUACCAUCACCCAGGUGGUCAUGUCGGUUUUCGGCCUCUCUCACACCUUGAACACCAAAGUCGGCAGUGAAUUCGUGCGUGGCGUGAGUGGAGGUGAGCGAAAACGAGUUUCUAUCGCUGAAAUGUUCCUGUCUCGCUGCCGCAUCGGAGCUUGGGACAACAGCACCCGCGGGUUGGAUGCCGCUUCGGCGUUGAAGUUCGUCCGGGCUCUUCGCCUUGCAGCCGACAUGGGUGACUCCUGCCAUGCAAUCGCCGCCUAUCAAGCAUCGCAGUCCAUGUACGAUCUCUUCGACAAAGUCGUCCUUCUCUAUGAGGGACACGAGAUUUACUACGGCCCUCGUGAUCGAGCAGUCUCCUACUUCCAGGAGAUGGGAUGGGUAAGACCCGAGCGCCAGGUCAGUGGUGACUAUUUGAGCGCAAUCACGAAUCCAACGGAACGCAAGGCUCUUCCCGGCAUGGAAGAAAAAGUGCCUCGCACCGCGAAGGAGUUUGCCGAGUAUUGGAAGAAAAGCCCGGAGUACCAGGCCCUGCGCAAUGAAAUCACGACCUUUGAAAGAGAGCAUCCCCCGAGUGGCUAUGACGCCGAGAGGCUUCAGGCCAGCCACGAGGAACAGCAGGCUCGUCACACUCGGCCUCGCAGCCCGUAUCUUCUAUCCGUUCCCAUGCAGGUUCGACUAUGCACCCGAAGGGCCUACCAACGGAUGCUCAACGACUUGCCGACCGCUCUAUCUCCGUUCAUCGUCCAGCUGAUCCUCUCGCUGAUUAUUGGGUCCGUCUUCUACAACACCCCCAACACCUCCAGCUACUUCUUCCAAAAGGGUGCUGUCUGCUACUUUGCAGUCCUCAUGAAUGCAUUGUUGACAAUCAAUGAAAUCAUGCAACUGUACAGCCAGCGACCCGUGGUAGAAAAGCAACGUGGUUAUGCCUUCGUUCAUCCGUUUACCGAGGCUUUAGCUAGUCUGGUUGUGGAUUUGCCCAUCAAGCUCUUGCGUAUCUCCGUCUUCAGCAUCGUCCUCUAUUUCAUGGCCAAUCUGCGCAGGGAACCCUCUCAGUUCUUCAUCUUCUACCUGUUCCUGGUCCUUGCCGUGUUGACCAUGUCCGGUUUGUUCCGCAGCCUGGGAGCCCUGACCAAGUCUAUCGGCCAGGCAAUGGCCUUUGCUGGUAUUAUGGUGCUCUGCAUUGUCGUCUACACCGGAUUUACGCUUCCUCAGCCCUACAUGCAUCCUUGGCUGUCUUGGAUUCGGUGGAUCAACCCCAUCUAUUAUACGUUCGAGGCACUGAUUGCCAAUGAGUUCCAUGGCCGCGAGUAUGACUGUUCGGCAUUCAUUCCAAGCUACGGAACCGGCACAUCUUUCAUUUGCUCCUCUGUAGGAGCAGUGGCUGGCCAGCUCAAGGUAUCCGGUGAUGCGUUCAUCGAGCAAAACUACGAAUACACGUACGCCCACCUGUGGAGAAACCUUGGAAUCCUGAUUGCCUUCAUGAUCUUUUUCAACGCAGUCUAUCUAACCGCUACCGAAUACCUUGGCACCGAUAAAUCGAAGGCAGAAGCUCUUGUCUUCCGUCCCGGUCACGCACCCAAGUAUCUGCAGCCUGGCCAUGAUGCCGAAGGUGGCAUCUCGGAUCCCAACAUCCUCCAAGUGCAAAAGACAACCGACACGAUCCGUCUACCUCAGCAGAAAGAUGUAUUCUCAUGGAAAGCCGUCAACUACGACAUUCCCGUCAAAGAAGGCACUCGCCGUUUGCUCGACGACGUCUCUGGCUGGGUGAAGCCCGGCACUCUGACUGCAUUGAUGGGUGUUUCUGGCGCCGGCAAAACGACUUUGUUGGAUGUGCUCGCUCAGAGAGUGUCUAUUGGUGUCGUCACUGGAGAUAUUUUGGUCAAUGGACAGCCCCUGUUGCCAAACUUCCCCCGUCGCACUGGCUACGUGCAGCAGCAGGAUCUUCAUCUGGAUACUACUACCGUGCGAGAGGCGCUUCGUUUUAGUGCCAUGCUGCGUCAACCAUAUAGUGUGCCGAAGCAGGAGAAGUACGAGUACGUGGAAUCAGUCAUCAAGGUCCUGGGCAUGGACGAUUUUGCCGAAGCCGUUGUGGGCUCUCUUGGUGAGGGUUUGAAUGUUGAACAGCGAAAGCUGCUUAGCAUCGGUGUUGAAUUGGCUGCAAAGCCCACCCUCUUGAUCUUCCUGGAUGAGCCCACCAGUGGUCUCGACUCCCAGAGUUCAUGGACCAUUUGUCAAUUCCUCCGACGCCUGGCAGACCACGGGCAGGCCGUACUGGCCACUAUCCAUCAGCCAAGUGCAUCCCUGUUCCAGUCCUUUGAUCGCCUCCUCUUCUUGGCAAAGGGAGGAAAGACCGUGUACUUUGGUGACAUCGGCGAGCAAUCUUCUACCGUUCUGGAGUAUUUCGAGCGCGCCGGGGCCCGAGAGUGUGAGGAAUUGGAAAAUCCUGCGGAAUACAUCCUCGAUAUGGUCGCCGGGGACGGAUGCCUGGGCGUGGACUGGGCCCAGGUCUGGAACAAGAGCCCAGAGUAUGGCGAGGUGAUGGCCGAGGUGGAUCGACUUCACUCCAUUCGAAACGGCUCAACCCACGAACCGUUCGAGGAUGACAACAAUGCCGAGUUUGCCAUGCCCUUGUACAUCCAACUCUGGAUUGUGCUUAAGAGAUGUUUCCAGGGCUAUUACCGACAGCCGGACUACAUCUACGCCAAGUUCAUUCUCGGUAUUGCAUCGGGUCUUUUCAUCGGUUUCUCAUUCUGGAAGGCCGACAACUCCGUGCAGGGUUUCCAAAACGUGCUCUUCAGUAUUUUCCUGCUUUGUACCAUUUUCAACACCCUCGUGAACCAGAUCAUGCCUCGUUUCGUCACCCAGCGCUCUCUCUAUGAGGUGCGGGAGCGGCCCUCUCGCAUCUACUCAUGGAAGGUCUUCAUUCUAUCUCAGAUCCUGCUGGAAGUUCCCUGGCAGAUCGCUUUGGGUGUCUGCUCAUGGGCUUCCUUCUACUGGUCCGUCUUUGGUACCGGGCAGGACGCCGAACAGCGCGGUCUGAUCAUGUUGUUCAUUGUCCAAUUCUUCAUCUACGCGGCCUCCAUGGCGCAAUUUGUUGUCUGCGCCAUUCCAGAACCCACUCUGGGUGCAAUGCUCGCCACGUUGAUGUUUGGUCUCUCCUUCAUCUUCAACGGUGUUAUGCAACCACCGUCCGCCUUGCCUCGCUUCUGGAUCUUCAUGUAUCGUGUUUCUCCCUUCACCUACUACAUCAGUGGCAUCGCGAGCACGGCCCUUCACGGCCGAAAAGUGUCCUGCAGCCCGGCCGAGCUCAGCAUCUUCGAUCCGCCGGCGGGGCAAACCUGCCAAGAGUAUAUGGCCAAGUAUGAACAGAUGAGCACCGGUACUCUGACCGACGCCAGUCGGAAUUCCACUUCGAGCUGCGAAUGGUGCAGCAUGACUUCGGCGGACCAAUACCUGGCCGGCCGAGAGAUCUACUUUGGCGACCGUUGGCGAAACUACGGUAUCUUCUGGUGCUAUUUCAUCUUUAACAUCUUCGGGGCCAUUCUUUUGUACUAUUUGUUCCGGGUGAGGACCUCCAAGGCCAAGGUCGUGAAGGGGAAGAAGUCGGCGUAA